AUAGCGCCCAGGAAGACAGACGCACGCUCUUCGUCUUCCAGUAGCAGACAGCACGUUGAACGCAUGCGUUCUGAGCGAAUCUAAGACAAGGAUCUGCUGGCGGGUCGCGUCGAAGACAUGGAGCAAGGCUACGGAGGCUACGGGGCAUGGAGUGCUGGACCUGCCAACACCCAGGGUACAUAUGGAAGUGGUAUGACCAGCUGGCAAGGCUAUGAAAACUACAACUACUACAACGCCCAGAGCGCCAGUGUCCCCGCAGGAGCACCCUAUAGUUACGGCCCAGCCUCGUGGGAGGCCUCCAAGGCCAACGAUGGUGGCCUGGCAGCUGGGAGCCCUGCCGUGCAUGUGGCCUCUUUUGCCCCAGAGCCUUGUACCGACAACUCAGACUCGCUCAUUGCCAAGAUCAAUCAACGUUUGGACAUGUUGUCCAAGGAAGGAGGCAGGGGUGGGAUCAGCAGCGGUGGGGAGGGCGUGCAGGACCGAGACAGUUCCUUCCGCUUCCAGCCAUACGAGUCCUACGACGCCACCAGGCCCUGUGUACCUGAGCAUAAUCCCUACCGCCCCGGCUACAGUUAUGAUUAUGACUUUGACUUGGGGACUGACCGCAAUGGUAGCUUUGGUGGGACAUUCAACGACUGUCGGGACCCAGCCCCAGAGCGGGGCUCCCUUGAUGGUUUCUUGAGGGGCCGGGGCCAGGGCCGCUUCCAAGAUCGGAGCAACUCCAGCGCCUUCAUACGUAGUGAUCCUUUGGUGCCGCCCUCAGCCUCGGAUCCCUUACCCACUACGUGGAAUGAGCUGAACUACAUGGGUGGCCGUGGUCUCGCUGGGCCCUCCACCAGCAGGCCACCUCCUCCCCUCUUCUCCCAGUCCAUGGCCCCUGACUACAGCAUGAUGGGCAUGCAGGGGGUGGGCGGUUUUGGUGGCACCAUGCCUUACGGAUGUGGCCGGUCCCAGACGCGGAUCCGGGAUUGGCCCAGAAGGAGGGGGUUUGAACGCUUUGGACCAGACAACAUGGGCAGGAAGCGGAAGCAGUUUCCUUUGUAUGAAGAACCUGAUGCCAAACUGGCCCGUGCUGACAGUGAAGGGGAUCUGUCUGAAAACGAUGAUGGAGCUGGUGACUUGCGGUCAGGAGAUGAAGAAUUCAGGGGGGAGGAUGACUUCUGUGACUCCAGGAAGCAGAGAGGGGAAAAGGAGGACGAGGAUGAUGAUGUGAAGAAGAGACGGGAGAAACAAAGGAGGAGAGACAGGAUGCGGGACCGAGCAGCCGACAGGAUUCAGUUUGCCUGUUCUGUAUGCAAGUUUCGUAGCUUUGAAGAUGAAGAAAUUCAAAAGCAUCUGCAAAGUAAAUUUCACAAAGAGACUUUGCGAUUUAUAAGCACCAAACUGCCCGACAAGACAGUAGAAUUUCUCCAGGAGUACAUCAUAAACAGGAAUAAGAAAAUUGAGAAACGGCGUCAGGAGUUGUUGGAGAAGGAGAGCCCUAAACCCAAACCAGAUCCGUUCAAAGGCAUUGGCCAGGAGCAUUUCUUCAAAAAGAUUGAAGCCGCACAUUGCCUGGCCUGUGACAUGCUGAUUCCUGCACAGCACCAGCUCCUCCAGCGGCAUCUGCAUUCUGUGGACCAUAACCAUAAUCGAAGGUUGGCUGCUGAGCAGUUCAAGAAAACAAGUCUCCAUGUGGCUAAGAGUGUUUUGAACAACAAACAUAUAGUGAAGAUGCUGGAAAAAUACCUCAAGGGUGAGGAUCCUUUUGUCAAUGAAACUGCUGACCUUGAGACAGAAGGAGAUGAGAAUGUAGGAGAGGAGAAGGAGGAGACCCCAGAGGGGGUAGCUGCAGAAGUCUUAGCAGAGGUCAUCACCGCAGCAGUGAGGGCUGUGGAGGGCGAAGGAGAACCCGCUGCAGAGCACAGUGAGGUCCUGACUGAAGUGGGAGGGCCUGUGGACACAGCAGAGGCCAGCAGUGACCCCCACACUGAAAAGCUCCUGGAAGAGCAGACCUGUGAAAUGGCGUCUGAAACCAGGAACAUCGAAGACAGGGCCAGGGGUGAGGCUGCUGAAGCCAGAAACGAAGCCGCUGUGCCGGCAGCAGAUGCAGGAAGCACGUUACCUGUCAUCGCUAUCCCGGGAAUCAUGGAAGAUGAGCUGGAACAAACUGGUGCAGAGGCCAAAGAUAUUCCCACAGAAUGAUCUUUUCUUCCCUGUUUCAAGGGAUGUGUUGUAUCAUGUGUUCUUUUUGUUUUAUAAGAUGUACUAGGGUAUGUAUUAUUUGGUGGAAAGACUGGGCAAUUUCCUUCCCAAUGUACCUCAAGGAUUGAUGCUAAACAGUAGAUGGCUUCCUACCUCUGUUAGAAUACAAAAAGAGGUAAACCAUUUUCCCAAGUGGCCUUUGAUGGCUAUCUGUGCACUGCAGUUAGAAUAAUAAAAGUAGAUCUUCCUGAUAAUUGUUAAGUCCUAAAACGGUCAGAAUGUGAGGAUUUUUUGUGUGUUUUUGUUUGGUUGGUCUUUGUUUCGUUUUAUUUUGCUUUUUCUCCUGGGAAGCAAUUUGUUACAAAUAUAAUUUGAGGAAAAAAAUUAAUUAUUUAGGGGAAUUCCCUUACUCACCUAUGCAUGGUUGAUGUGGGACACAAGAUUCAACCAUCUGUGUGCGAGAGUUCAGAUUGUGCCCCCUACCUACAGUCUUGCCUGUUUCAGUAAACAUCAGACCAUUUUUUAAGGCCUUUAUUUCAGCUUUGGCAUUGAGAUGAGAUACCAUCUUGCUUGGACCAAGCUUGCCUUUGAACUCAAUCCUCCUGUCUCAGUCUCUGGAGUACAGGGGCCAUGUGUGUACAGCCACGCUCAGCUGGGCUUUGGUUUUAUAAUACACGAUAUUCUGUGUUCCUCACCCGAUGUGGCAGCAUCCUGUUAACUGAAGGCAUGACAAGGCGGUGACCUUGGCCACUGUGUGAGAUAGUCACAAGCUGUUCCAUAGGAAGCAUGCCUACCUGGGCCUCUGGAGUGAAGACACUGCCAAGGGCUUUGGUUCUCUCUGUUGAGCGCUUGCUAGUCGGUUUGAUGUUUGUGUUCCACCUCUAUUGUGCAGGAUUAUGUUUUUUUGUUUUGUUUUUCUAUUAAUUUUGUUAUUUCCACCUAAAAGUACUUAGUAAAACAACAUGAAAUUACUCCAUUAAUGAAAAACAAAUGUAAACUUCCAUAGAUGGGAUCUAUCUGUAAAAAGCUCCUACAGUUACGUAAAGAUGUUUCAUUUGAAGCAAACAGUCUUCCUUCGGCAGUUCUGUGAGAAAGGGAGGCUCGGCGUGUCUGUAAGUAGCAUGUGCUAGGUUUUAUAGGCUCAGGAUGAUGGGGGUGGUUUCCUCCCUUUUGAAGGGACAAUGCUGUGUCUGUUAACUGUACACAGCUCACAUCUUGGAAACAUCAACUAGUGAAGAAUUAUAAAAGAGGCAAUAAAAUAUUGCAGCAAUUAAAUCAGCACACAGGCAAGGAGCAUUACUGGGGGAUAGGAGAUGAACUUUGGGAAUAUCAUUGUCCAAACAAGCAAUAAAUUGAU